GACGCGACGUAGCCUAGAUAUCGUCAACUCGACGCGCAUUCAUUUUAACAACCUGUGUGCGACAUAUACCUAUCCACUUCACUCACGACAAUCGAUAAUCGCAAAUACAUACGAAACCAUACCUUCUUAUCGCCUCUAAAUUUUGCAUAGGCUACUCUUUAGUAGAAGUCUAUCAAUUCUAUAUUAAGGUUAUCACGGCGCUUUUCACAUAAUCGCACAACAUCGUCUUUGUCCCUUCCCUCUUCGAGCCUCCCCCUUCAUUCCUCCUUUAUUAAUCCCCUCGCUCCUUCCACUGCACUUCUCUCUUUCUCUAAGAAUAGUGGAUCGCCUUCCCAUUUCGGCGACUCUCAGCUUCCUCGUCGCGGGUUGCGACCCACUUCUCGCUCACACAUAUGGCCUGAUAUGUAGGGACAUGACGAUGCACUAGUCAUGGGAAAUCAAAACAGUAAGGAAGUGAAGGCUGAGUCGGAUGGUGAGGAAGGAACCUUUGGAUCUUCACCUUUUGGGUCUCGCAACCCGUCGCCUUCGCCUCGUCCAUCCCCCGACAUUGUCUUUUCCAGUCAAGUUCAUUCGUCUACACCGAAGAACCGUCAUUUUCCAUCCAAGUCUACGAUAAAAUCCGAUCAAUAUUUGACGACUCAUCGACGCCGCGUAUCCGCACUCAACAGCGACAGCCCUCACACAUCUCCCUCAAUAUCUGAUAUCAAACGCGAGAAACCUGAAUCACCCGAAGAGAAGAAACACGUCUCAACACCAACUUAUAGACCUGGAUUUAAAACCGAGAGGAAAUCUAGCGAUUCGCCCAACCCGCCGUUGCCAACGCAUACCCCUUCAGAUAUUAAGGCAAUACAGAAUACAGAAGACGAUAUGGACGAUUUUCCUUCAUUUGGCGAACCACCAUCGUCCAAGUCGCGUCGUCGUAGACGCAAGCGAAAGGAGAGACACCGAAAACAAGUACAACAACUCGCCUCUCCCAAUCUAGGCAACGACCAAGAAGAUCCAAAUUCGUCUUUAUAUUCUAACAACGGUGCAACCGUCGACCCUACUCCUUCUAAGAAUCGACCGUCUAAGAGGCGCAAGACUGCGACACCGGGUAGUCAAUCCAGAAAGAAGAAGCAAAAGUACAGUCAUGAUGAGGAUAACUUGGCAGACAAUGCGAUUCCAUUCAGCAGCCUUGCCGAAAGCCUCUAUGCCAAUCAUCGCAAGAAUGGAAACUUAGAGACAAGUGAAAAUGGUCUCCAAGAUAAUAAUAAUAAUGAUGCCGAGGAGCAGCAGUCGAACGAAUCCGAUCAGGAAUCUUCCAUAUCUCACCAGUCGGCUUCUGACUCAAAUACGAAUAACGUUGAUCUCGACUCAGCAUCUAUCGCACAUUCGGAUGCAGUUCCUAGCGACGACAUAAAAGCAGAUCCUUCUAAAGAUGACGCCACGUCCCAUAGCGGAAGCCAGCCUAACAGCUCUGGAAACCUUUCUGGAGACAACGAUUCUUCAUCAGAAGUUGCUCGGUCAGAUGAUCAAGAUAAGAUGGAUAUCGAUGGAGAAGGCCCGAGUAAGGAUGAAUCCGAAGAUAGUGAUGAAGAUAAUGAGAAAGUCAGCGAUGGUGAAGAGAAUGAGAGUCAUUCCAUUCAUGCUGACCCUAAUUCCAAAUCCACGUCAGUAGGUGCAGAUGCUAUUAAUGAUAGCGAGUAUCAUCUAGAUAAUGAGGAGGAGUUACCGGAUAAUCCCCAAACCGUCGAUUCUCGACCUAAGCAAAAUUCGGCACGAAAGCGUGUCGUCAAACCCACAUUCUACGAACGCCUAGCAGAAGGAAGUUCCAAUGGUACCACGGCCCAUGGUUCAUCUUCUCCCGUUGCCGGCCCCUCAACCUCAAGAUCGACAGGAAGGAAGCAGGCCAAAAUUUCAACCAUGCUCAAAGGCAAUGCCGAAGACAGUCCAGGACCAAAGACGCCCUCACAAAAGCGAAGCGCCCCCUUCAAAACACCCAAAUCCGGACCUCACGAAUUAGUCACCGGUCCGUUUAGCGACUUUGAACUUCGCAAUCUCACUCAGGCGGUUGAACGCUGGAGAGAUGACCACAAUCUAACUCAAACCCAGGUCAAUUCGCUCAUUCAAGGCAACCCCAAGGAGGUUCGCUCUCAAGAGUUCUGGGCUCGUAUCGUGGCCGUAUGUCCGAACCGUCCUCGCCAGAAGGUAAUAAAUCAAUGUCGCCGCAAAUUUCACAACUUUGUAGCCCGGGGAACUUGGACAGAAGAGCAACAAGAAGAAUUAAAGAGGGUAUGGGAGGAACAUGGCAACAAAUACGCUCUGAUUGGCAAAAUAAUCAAUCGACAUCCCGAAGACGUGAGGGACCGUAUACGCAACUAUGCUGUGUGCGGCAAAAAUCGUCGCUCAGAUCCGUGGAGUGUGGAUGAAGAAGAGAAGCUCCAAGCCAUCAUUGCCGAUGCUCUUCGGGUGAUUCGUGAACACAGAAGAGAAGGGAGAAUCAAAGUGCAGGAAGCAGAUGAAGAGCUGAUAGAUUGGCAAAGAGUCAGUGAACUGAUGGACCGGACCCGCAGUCGUCUCCAAUGCAUACAGAAGUGGAAAAUCAUGAAUCGACGAGGAGCCGAGCGCGGCAGUAUAGACGGUGGCGAGGUUAUGUCCCUGGAAGAAAUUAUCCAGAAGGCCCGGAACGAGGCGAACGCGAUGUCAAGCCGCGAACGAUUCAACAUCGUCAAUGCUGUUGACGCUUCUGAUGCAAAAGCGGAUAGCCGAAUUCCUUGGGCUAAGGUCAGAUCAGCUUACUUGGACGACCGGUGGACACGUCCUACUAUCAUGCUGGCCUGGUAUCGCUUACGACAUUCUAUUCCUGAUUGGAGUAUCAUGACUGUUCCGGAGAUCGUCACGCAGCUGAGUAAGACCUAUCAGGAGACGCGUAAACUCGAAUACCCCAGUGGCAUCGACUACGACGUCGAUACAGAAUAUGCCGAUAUGGAGCGCAAGGUUCAGAAGAUGUUGAAGGUUCACCGUACCCCAAAGACUCCAAACAUCGUUGUUAAGACCGACGAUGAUGACAGCGGGGAUGAGGGAAGUAGUGAGGAAGAUGAGGCGACCGAAGGGAAGUUAGAGGAUAACCAGAGUGACGAAGAUGAAGACGAUGAUGAAGCCAGUCAAGAGAACAGCGGUACCAGCAAGGACAAUAAACGCCAGGAGGAGGGCAGCGAAAUUGACGAGGCUUCUAAUGAUGAGUCUAAGGAUGAAGACAUUCCCAUGAAAGACGAAACGGAUGGAAAUUCAAGUGCCAGUGUUGAUCUUGGCAACAAUGCGGAGGAAAGCGUGGAUCGCGAAUCCUCUGCUGAAGCACCUUCCAUCACCAAGGUCACUCCACGAAAAAUCCGACGAAGUCAAAAACGCUAUAGCUCAUCAGCCAGAAGUGCAAGAUUCCAGAAGAAAGCCAAGCCAACUCGGGAGAUUAUCGAGGAGUCUAGCCAAGAGGAGCAAGCUCCGAACGAGGACGAAGAGCUUAGCAGCGACACGAACGCAAGCUCAGUGGAAAGCAUCCCAUUCCACUUAUAAAUGUAUAAAUUCCGUGCUUCUGUCAUUCAGGCCGUUCUUCGAUGAGUGCCUUUUGUUUCGAUAUACUCGUGACGUUAAGUACGUUUGAGGACCUGCCAUGUCCUUUGGCCCUUCCUUAAUCGGUGGCACGUGUUGAAUUGCAAUUAUUGAGCCUUGACAUAAGAUGUACCUUGUCAGUUAUCCUAUACCUUGUGUUUGCAAUUUGGCAUGCUAGUCCAAAAACUACUCGGCGUAGGCAAACCAAAUUUUCAAGUUUACUACUACUGUCGAAUCCCUCUGCUUUUUGACAAGUUACUUAGGGCACGAAGCUAGUCGGCUUUAAUCACAUGCCUAUUUCAACUACUAGGUCGAACAGGUUCAAUGAGAUCCAAACUCUUCGGUGGAAUAAAUGAAUAAUCGACGACAAAUGAGCAUACACGACGGAAGGAUACGAUGAUACCCCUUGUUUUUUUCUUAAACAUUGCUGAUGGCCGAUUCAUUCAAUCGAAGAGCUGAAUUAUUGGUACAUUUGCUGAAGGUAUUACAGUGAGAAUCCUGAUCCUUUUAAGGCCGCGGGCAAUUUGAAGAUUUUAAAUCCC